AUUAUAAAGGGAAAAUACCAUGAGGGGAGGAAAAAACAAAGCACUGAACUUGUUACGUGAGGAAGACUGUUUUUCUUGCUGAAGUAAUCAAUUUUAGGCUGUUAGCCUACGCUCAAGUCAAAUUCAUUUGUUCAUUGCUGAUACCAGUAUUCAAAUAAUGCAAGCAUCAGCCUCAAGUCGGGCCAAGCCGAUGGUGAUAUGUCCUCAUCAUCCGGAUGCAAAUCUGAUAGAAGACUACCAUGCAGGUGACUUGAUAUGCCCAGACUGUGGUCUUGUUGUAGCAGACAGGGUUAUAGACGUUGGAUCCGAGUGGCGGACCUUCAACAAUGAGAAAUCUGUCAGUGAUCCCUCACGUGUUGGUGCUGCGGAGAACCCCUUGUUGAGUGGCAGUGAUCUGUCUACAGUAAUCGGCGCCCCAACAGGAUCUGCAGGCUUCGAUGAUUCCGGGGGGGUUAAAUAUUCACAAAAACGAAAUAUGAACAGUUCAGAUCGAGCGCUUUUGACUGCAUUCAGAGAAAUAACUAACAUGGCUGAUCGAAUUAACUUACCAAAGAAUAUUGUAGAUCGUACACAUACAUUAUUUAAACAAGUUCAUGAUCAAGGAACUUUAAAAGGUCGAAGUAAUGAUGCGAUUGGAGCAGCUUGUUUGUAUAUUGCUUGUAGACAAGAGUCGGUGCCGAGAACUUUUAAAGAAAUCUGUGCAAUAUCCAAGGUAAGCAAGAAGGAAAUUGGAAGGUGCUUCAAGUUGAUAUUGCGGGCUUUAGAGACCAACGUUGAUAUCAUAACUACUGGAGAUUUUAUGUCUCGGUUCUGUUCAAAUUUGUCUUUGCCGUCAUCAGUGCAGAAAGCAGCGACACAGAUUGCAAAGAAAGCCAUGGAUCUUGACCUCGUAGCUGGACGCAGUCCUAUAUCUGUGGCAGCCGCAGCAAUUUACAUGGCAUCACAAUGCUCAGAAGAAAAGAAAUCACAAAAAGAAAUUGGUGAGAUAGCCGGAGUAGCGGACGUGACUAUACGACAAUCAUAUCGCCUCAUGUACCCCCGAGCCAAAGAUCUAUUUCCAACCGACUUUAAAUUCCAUUCACCAAUUACUAUGCUACCACAGUUUUAAGGAUGCAUAUUAUGGAGUAGAACAACUUUGUGUUUCAGAUGCUUACCUACUAAUUCCAGGGUCCUGGGUUAAAUUCCAGUGACAGUGCUUAAAGAUAGCACUGUCUUUUAUAAAACCUCAGAAGUUCAAUUAUAAAAAAUUGAAUAUCAAUUAAAAAUAUCAAAUGAGUUAGGGCAAAUAAAAUUAAGGUUUCACAUCCCCACCCUCAUGAAAAAAAUCACUAUUUGCUAUUAAAAAAAAAUAAACAAUCAUUUUCCAUGGAAAAUAAAAAUAAUCAGAAAGAUUGAAUUGUUAUUAUUUACCAAUCUGUUUACCACUAGUAAUAACCAAAAAAUAAUAUUCAAAUUCUGGACGUGAAACUAAUAAUUAAUUUUCUGGGAAUAUUUGGCCUCAUUUUCUAAUGAAACAGAUCAAUUUACACCGAAUACCAAAAAAGGUUGCUGUGAAUAUAAAAACUUUUUGCUACAAAAAUCAUUCAGUUUAUUACCAGCCAAUUUAAGUGACUAUGAAAGGAAUUCAAUAUUUAUGAAUUUGUACAUCUUUUAAUUGGCUAGAAAUACAAUUGAAAGCUACUAGUUUAACUUAGUUUUUAGCAUAUUAUUACAAACGUCUUUUUUUUUAUAUGAGGUAUUUGUUGUUUUUUUAACCUUUUUUGGCAUUAUGU